AGCAUAAACAUAGAAAUCAAGUUUGAAGUAGAGAAAAGAGAAACAAGAAUGGAUGUGGCACAAGUACUGCACAUGAAUGGAGGCUCUGGAGACACAAGCUAUGCAAAAAACUCCUUACCUCAGCAAAAGGCGAUUUCAUUGACAAAGGCAAUGAGAGAGGAAGCCCUAACCAGCCUCUACCUUAAGAAAGCCCCAAGAAUCUUAUCAAUUGCAGACUUGGGUUGCUCUUCUGGACCAAACACUUUGAUGGUGCUAUCUGAACUUGUCAAAACGGUGGAGAAUCUUUGCCGGAAAAUGAAGCAUAAAUCUCCUGAAUACCAGUUCUUCAUGAAUGAUCUUCCCGUGAAUGACUUCAACAACAUCUUUAAGUCCCUUGAUAGCUACAAAGAGAAGCUAAGUGAUGAAUUAGGAGCUGAGAUUGGUCCAUGCUUUUUCACUGGAGUUCCAGGUUCCUUUUAUGGCAGGAUCUUUCCGACCAAAACUUUGCAUUUUGUCCAUUCCUCUUACAGCCUUCAAUGGCUAUCUCGGGUUCCUCGAGGUGUAGAGAAUAAUAAGGGCAACAUUUACAUGGCUUGCACAAGCCCCUCAAGCGUCCUCAAGGCUUACUACGAACAGUUUCAAAAAGAUUUCUCAUUAUUUCUAAAGUUUCGUGCAGAAGAGCUCGUUGAAGGAGGUUGUAUGGUUCUAACGUUUUUGGGAAGAAAAAGUGAAGAGCGAUAUAGCAAAGAAUGUUGUUAUAUUUGGGGGCUUCUGGCUUUAGCUCUUAAUGACAUGGUCUCAGAGGGGAAAAUAAAUGAAGAGCAGCUAGACACAUUCAACAUCCCUCAAUACACCCCAUCUCCAUCUGAGGUGAAGCUAGAGGUUCUCAAAGAAGGUUCAUUCACCAUUACUUGCCUGGAGGUGUCUAGAGUACAUUGGAAUGGUCAUGAUGAUGAUGAUGACUGGAAUAACGCUUUUGAUUCCGAAUCUCUCAAUAACGUUGCAGGAUACAAUGUUGCAAAGUGCAUGAGGGCCGUGGCUGAACCUUUGUUGAUAAGUCACUUUGGAGAAGCUGUUGACAUUGAAGAGGUUUUCCGCCGGUACCAAGCAAUCCUUACUGAUCGAAUGUCUAAGGAGAGAACUGAGUUCAUUAAUGUUACCAUAUCAAUGACCAGAAAAGACUAAGGCCGAAGUUGUUUGUAUAUUGUGGUUUCUCAAAGAAGAUAAAGAUUCCUCUGUUGCAUUGUGUUUGCAUUAUGUUUCUUGAAUAACAUCCUAAACUUUAUAGGAUUUCUUAUGUACCUAAGUUUCAUUAAAUAAUGUUCCACAUUAUCAAAUCA